UUCAUAAUUGCUAAGUCAUGGAAAAAGCCCAAGUGCCCAUCGAUGCACAAAUGGAUUAAUAAAUUGUGGUAUAUGUACACCAUGGAAUACUAUGCAGCCUUAAAAAAAAUGGAGACUUUACCUCUUUCAUGUUUACAUGGAUGGAGCUGGAACAUAUUCUUCUUAGUAAAGUGUCUCAAGAAUGGAAGAAAAAGUACCCAAUGUACUCACCCUUAUUAUGAAACUAAUGUAGGACCUUCACAUGAAAAUAAUAACCCAGUUACAACCUAAGAAUAGGGAGAAGGGGGAAAAGGGAGGGGAGGGAGGGGGGAGGUAGGUGGAGGGAGGGGGAUUAAUGGGAUUACACCUGCGGUGCAUCUUACAAGGGUAUAUGUGAAUCCUAGUAAAUGUGGAAUGUAAAGGUCUUAGCAAAAUAACAGAAAAUGCUAUGAAAGCUAAAAAAAAUUAAAAAAAAAUAAAAAUAAAAAAUAAAUAAAAAUUCAUAUAGGGUGGCGCCUGUGGCUCAAAGGAGUAGGGCGCCAGCCCCAUAGGCCAGAGGUGGCGGCUUCAAACCCAGCCCCGGCCAAAAACUGCAAAAAAAAAAAAAAAAUUAAAAUUAAGUACUAAACACCAGGAAACACAUAAAAUGCUCAAAGUCAAGUAGCACUCAGCCCUAAACUAGGAGUAAAAUAACAAUUGCCAAGAAAUGCAUCCAGGCUGUACGCGUUAUCUGCAAUAUAACCUCUCUCAUUAGGGGGCGUGGUUACACAGACGGGGUGACGUGUGAGGGACACACAGCAGCCAGCAGGCCUUGGCUUCAGGGACCGGAACCUUCAGAGCCUUGGUAUGAAAAAGUAUAAAAAGAAAGGCAAAAAAUGAGCAAAGGCCAGAAUAGCAGGUUUGGGAGGCAAAAGCACCAUUUUCGGAUUAGGCAAGAUGCACAGGCCCCACAGAGCAGGGCGUGGACACUGAAGCGGUGGCGGUGAGAAUGGGAGAAAGUUUGGAGAGCUCAGGAAAGAGUGAGGUGGGCGGCCGCAGAGGGUGCGAAGCCGCUGGAGGAGCAGGCAGGUUCUAGAGCAACGACCAGAAGGCGCCAGCAGGGGCGAGCGUGCGCGCGCGGGCGCGGGGCGGGGAUGGCGUGCGUGCACUGGAGCGCGGGGCUGCGGCGCGGUUCGCGUCCGCGAGCACUCGCACUUCGGGGUCGGCGCCGGAGGAGCGGGAGCCGCACGAGGCGCGCGCACGCUCGCGCGGGCGGGGGCGAGACCGCUGACGUCAGGGGGAGGGCGCGUGCCCGCGGCCGCAGGCGGAGCCGGGAGGCGGGCACUGCGCGCAGCCGCGGGCGGAGCGGCGGGGCGCGAGGGGCGGAGCGGAGCGCGGGAGGAGGCGGGGGAGGAGAGGCCCCCGGACUGCGAGCGGCAGCUGGGGAGGGGGCCGCCGAGCCGGAGCGUGAGCAAAACAGCUGAUCUGGUUUUCCUUUAAAGCCAGAGAAAAUGGAAGUCGGGUAGCAGCAACUGCGGAACUGCGAGCUGGCGGCGCGGCGCGGCAGAGUUCUCAGGGACUGUGGUUUCACUCCUUCCACUGGGGCCACCAUGGGCCAUUUUCAGCAGGGACGGUGCAGUGUCGACCUGUGUACCUGACUGCCGUGCGCCUCCAGAGAACUGGGCAUCUGAAAAGUGGCAGUAACAAAAGGAGAGACUCUCCCGGCCGAGGCCCCGGUUCAUGGAGGGAAGGAAGAAGGCGAUUUCCUAAUUGGUACCACAUACAUCAGAUGGAUGGUUUCUAGCCUGCUUCCGAAUCCCACCUCAGCCGAGUGCUGGGCAACACUCCUACAUGAUCAUAUGACUCUUGAUAUGGACGCAGUCCUGUCAGACUUUGUUCGGUCCACAGGGGCAGAACCUGGUCUGGCCAGAGACCUGCUGGAAGGCAAAAACUGGGACCUGACGGCCGCUCUGAGCGACUAUGAGCAGCUCCGACAGGUGCACACAGCCAACCUGCCACAUGUGUUCAACGAAGGGAGGUGUCCCAAGCAGCCGGAGCGAGAGCCGCCCCAGCCUGGGCACAAGGUGGAGCGGCCCUGCUUGCAGAGGCAGGACGACAUUGCCCAAGAAAAACGCCUUUCCCGGGGGAUCUCCCAUGCCAGCUCGGCCAUCGUCUCCCUGGCCCGCUCCCAUGUGGCAAGCGAAUGCAACAGCGAGCAGUUCCCCCUGGAGAUGCCCAUCUACACCUUCCAGCUGCCGGACCUGAGCGUGUACAGUGAGGACUUCCGGAGCUUCAUCGAGCGGGACUUGAUCGAGCAGGCAACGAUGGUCGCCUUGGAGCAGGCAGGUCGCCUCAACUGGUGGUCCACUGUGUGCACGAGCUGUAAACGGCUUCUUCCUCUGGCCACUACAGGGGAUGGGAACUGCCUUUUACAUGCCGCCUCUCUGGGAAUGUGGGGGUUUCAUGACCGGGACCUGGUGUUGCGGAAAGCUCUAUACACCAUGAUGAGGACAGGAGCUGAAAGGGAAGCCCUGAAGCGGAGGUGGAGAUGGCAGCAGACGCAACAGAACAAAGAGUCAGGGCUGGUGUACACAGAGGAGGAAUGGGAGCGGGAGUGGACAGAGCUGCUGAAGCUGGCCUCCAGCGAGCCACGCACACACUUCGGCAAGAACGGAGGCACGGGUGGUGGCGUGGACAACUCUGAGGACCCUGUGUAUGAGAGCCUGGAGGAGUUCCACGUUUUCGUUUUAGCCCAUAUAUUAAGAAGACCAAUCGUCGUCGUGGCAGAUACAAUGUUAAGAGACUCAGGCGGAGAAGCAUUCGCGCCAAUCCCAUUCGGGGGGAUUUACCUGCCCUUGGAGGUCCCUCCCAACAGGUGCCACUGCUCACCUCUGGUUCUGGCUUAUGAUCAAGCGCAUUUCUCUGCCCUCGUGUCCAUGGAACAGAGAGACCAGCAAAGAGAACAAGCCGUGAUCCCUCUGACGGAUUCUGAGCACAAGCUGCUGCCUCUGCACUUUGCAGUGGAUCCCGGCAAGGACUGGGAGUGGGGGAAAGACGACAACGACAAUGCCCGGCUGGCCCACCUCAUCCUGUCACUGGAAGCCAAGCUGAACCUUCUACACAGCUACAUGAAUGUGACUUGGAUCCGGAUCCCCUCGGAGACCCGGGCGCCCCUGGCACAGCCAGAGUCCCCAACGGCCUCGGCGGGGGAGGAUGUGCAGUCCCUGGCCGACUCGCUGGACUCGGAUCGCGACUCGGUGUGCAGUAAUUCCAACAGCAAUAACGGCAAGAACGGCAAGGAGAAAGAGAAGGAGAAGCAGCGCAAGGAGAAGGACAAGACCCGCGCGGACUCGGUGGCCAACAAGCUGGGCAGCCUCAGUAAGACGCUGGGCAUCAAGCUGAAGAAAAACAUGGGCGGCCUCAGCGGCCUGGUGCACGGCAAGAUGGGCAGAGCCAACUCCGCCAACGGCAAGAACGGGGACGCGGCUGAGCGCGGCAAGGAGAAGCGGGCCAAGGCGCGCAAGGGCAGCAAGGAGGAGUCGGGGGCGUCGGCCAGCACCUCGCCGUCGGAGAAGACCACGCCGUCGCCCACGGACAAGGCGGCGGGCGCGUCUCCGGCCGAGAAGGGCGGCGGACUGCGGGGCGACGCCUGGAAAUACAGCACGGACGUGAAGCUGAGCCUCAACAUCCUGCGCGCCGCCAUGCAGGGCGAGCGCAAGUUCAUCUUCGCUGGCCUGCUGCUCACGAGCCACCGGCACCAAUUCCACGAGGAGAUGAUCGGCUACUACCUGACCAGCGCGCAGGAGCGUUUCAGCGCCGAGCAGGAGCAGCGGCGCCGCGACGCCGCCACCGCAGCCGCCGCCGCAGCAGCAGCAGCAGCCGCAGCCGCCGCCGCCGCGUCCACGGCCAAGAGGCUGCCGCGCAGGCCCGAGGUGGAGGGCGCGCCGGGCCCCGAGCGCGCGUCGCCGGGCCCCGCGGCCGGGCAGCCCACGCAGCUGGUGCUCAAGUUCAAGGAACGCCCCAGCCCUGGGCCGGCGGCGGGCACGCGGGCGGCGCGGGCAGCGGCGGGCGGCGCGGCCUCCCCGGGCACGGGCGGGGGCGCGCGGCGGGCGGGCGCGGGCGGACAAGUCCCGGGCCGCAGCCCCCCGGCGCCUGCGCGCCAGAGCGUCAUCCACGUGCAGGGCGCGGGCGCGCGGGACGAGGCGUGCGCGCCGGCGGUGGGCGCGCUGCGGCCGUGCGCCACCUACCCGCAGCAGAACCGCUCGCUGUCGUCGCAGAGCUACAGCCCGGCGCGCUCCGCAGCGCUGCGCACGGUCAACACGGUGGAGUCGCUGGCGCGCGCCGUGCCCGGGAGCGCGGCCGAGCCCAAGUCGCAGACUUACACCAACGGCUUUGGGGCCGCGCGCGACGGCCUGGAGUUCGCCGACGCCGACGCGCCGGCCGCGCGCUCGAACGGUGAGUGCGGCCGCGCGGGCCCGGGGCCGGCGCAGCGGCGCUGCCAGCGCGAGAACUGCGCCUUCUACGGGCGCGCCGAGACCGAGCACUUCUGCUCCUACUGCUACCGCGAGGAGCUGCGGCGCCGGCGUGACGUGCGCGGGGCCCGGCCCUGAGCGCGCUGCGGGGCGGCGGCGUCCCGGAGGAUCUCUGUUCCAUUCUGUGGGUGUCUUUUUUACACGCCCUGGUCAACCGAAAGGCCGGCGCCUCCUCUGUUAGUGCCGUGUACGUGUUUGGUCAAACGUUCCUAAUGGUGCCUGAACCUACACUGACGCCACUCAGGUAGUAGACGGAUAGGAAACAAGUCAUACUGUUGGAAGUGGGUGUGCUAGCCUAGCCUCUGCCUCGUACCUGUGGAAACUCAAUAGCCAUUGCAAGAGUAUUUUUGUUCCUCAAUAAGAGAAAUAAAGAAAUUCACAGCCCUUUGUUUUUAGAAGGGAGUGUUUUACAUGCUUUUUUCCUCCCCCUUUUUUUCCUAAUCUAGCGACUGACCUCUUCCAGGUAACCAUCACUUGUGCGUGAUUGGUACCACCCGGGAUGUAGCAGUGAACGUGCACCAGGACUGGUGGAAGCCCCUCCGCGAGCACCCACCUGCUUCCCAUCCCGGGUCCUCAGAGAGGGCAGGCACCUUGCCACCCUCUGGCACUCUGGUGGUCACUGUGGCCCUUUAGAAAUACACGUCUCCAUUUCAUAAGCGGAAGCCUCCUCCCGCAGCCCCUGGCUCGAGCAACAUUCACACUGCCAUCCACGCCGCGGGUGUCCGUAGAGAGGGCAUCGCACAACCUACCUCGCAGGGCACAGUGAGGUAUAGCGAUCUCUCCUGGUGCCGGUACCAGGCAGCUUAGGUGACAGGAGCUUUCCAAAGACACCUCGGGUCCAAAAACCAAGGUUCUGCCCUCACAAUUUGGAUUUGCCCGUGUAUGAAUGAGUAGGACAGCCUCCUCACAUUCUCCUUUGAAGACAUUUCCACAGUGGACUGUCGCUGGAGGGCUCGUAAGAGGUGACCAUCAAUUGGUGCCCCAGGAGACAGGUGAGGAGUCGACCCUUUGGUCACUGUGUGAGCCCCCACUAGGCUGCACGAGGAAGGGGCUGAAGGAAGCCACCCCCACACACACACCUGCAUCUGUCUGGGUUCAGCCAGGUCAAGAACCUCGCUGGGAUGCCCAGGGCAGGAUGACCCUGUCCCUGCCUCCCUGACGACGUUGAGGGAGCAGCCUGAUCCCUGAGCGAUCUCUUUUUUGGUGCCUCCUAUAUUUCUUGAGGAAAAAACAAAAGCGUGUCCUUAGCUACCCUGUUCUGAGCAGCAAUAUGCAGCCUCUUCCUCCCGAGAUUACCUCUGGAAAAUACCAUUCUUGGCCAAGGAUACUGCGGAGCCAAACCUGCCUCACUAAGGAUAAGCUGAGUGAAAUAGUCACUCGCAAGAGAACACUUGAACCUUGUGAGAGCUUUAGAAUAGCCUGGAAUAAUCCUAAGAAGGAAAGGAGAUGUGCCCAGAUCUGCCCUGAGUGUAUCCUCAGAAAAUGCAGGAGGUAGACAGACCAUCUCGUCACUGGAGCCAGCUUCUCCUCCAGAAAAGAUGCUUUACCCCCCUUGCCUAAAGAGCAGCAAAAGCAAAAAAAAAAAAAAAAAGUUUAAAAAAGAGAGGAUUUUUUUCUUUUUACUUGUUAAGAAUUAUAACCAAAUAGUGUUACCUAUGAGUAAUUUCUUUUUGUUUUUAAUUAUUCCACAGCACGUGGCAUUUUCAGUAAUUUAUUCAGGUUUUUGCAUUAAUGGUUCCUUAAAAUUAUUAAAUAGAAUCUUCAAGAAGUUUUUUGAACGUAUUACUUUUCCUGCUGACCAGUGUUUUCACUGUAUGGUAAUUACUGUACUAACAUCCAUGUCCCUGAUACUGCCGGGAUUUCUUUUGUUACUCCAGAAAAAAAAAGUGGUUUUUAACAAAUCUCUCAUCCAAGAGGGUCUGUGGCAGCUUUUUGGACUGAUUCUUAAUGUCACGCUAAGCAGCUGCUUUGUCAUCUGACGCUGUGGGGUCACAGAAGGUUUUGCUUCAGGUGUAGACAUAAGCUACCCCUCACGCUGCCGAUUUAGAGAAGGCUCAGAUGCCCAACCUUAAAAACACUCGUGUGCAUUCAGAAACCAAACCCACAUACACAAGUCAACUAGGCAUAGAGUCAAUUGGUGUUUGUUUCUAUAAUGUUAAAACAGCCAAUCAGAAAUUUCCAAAACUGCCUAUGCAAACCUUUUCUCUUUCUCAUGCUCUUUGUCAGGUUUAAAAAAGAACAGAAUGGGCAAACUGAAAGUAAAAAUGGUUCAUAGUAAUAGAAGAAAACCUUCUUAACCUAGCAGACAUAUUAGAAAGUGGGGACCUGUGACCUGUUCUGUCCUUGCAUUUCCAAGUUACCUCCAUCCUACUGCCAUUUGACCAUAAGACAGACCCUGAGGGAGAGCCUGAGACACAGCCACUGGCCACACCAGAGGCCCCCGCUGCUUGGUUUGGUCACAGGGCAGCUGCUCCUGGCUGGCUGUCAGUGCCUGCUCCUGGCUGACACAUAACCGCUGAGUCGGUAUCAUUUAAGAAUAGCCAUUUCCUUUUGUGAGAGAUCUGGAUCCAUCCUUCCUCUAGGUAGUUUUUAAAAAUACAAAAGCCAGAGAGUCUGUGGUUAUUUUAAAUGCACUAGUCCUGUGUUCCAGAAGCAUGCUCCAUCCACAUUCAGAGCUCUGCAGACCUGAACCCUGGUCAGACACCAAAUUAGUUCAUCAGGCUGGGUAGAAACUGUUAGAAACUGUGUUGCUUACAUGUGGGCCAAGCGGUUCCCUCAUAUUUUAUAAUGUGGGGACCUUUUGUGGGACAGGAAUGAAGAGGGAACAGGGUGAGUCCAGAGUGUGAGUGGCCUUCCCCAUCUGAUCUGGCCAAACUUUCCUUUCUGAGAAGGACAGAUGUCCCUCGGUGACAGCAAGUUUCUAGAAGGACCGCAGGUACUUCCAAACCCCUGUGGAGGUUUUUUCAGAAGCCGACUUCCCAUUUCCUACACAUGGGUUACCUGGAUAAAUGAUUUUUUAAAAAAAAUAAUAUAUUGUUAAGAGAAGGUGUUUUUCAGUGUAUUCUGUUUGUAGAUUUUAUGCUGUGUUAUGUUGAAAUUUUGCAAGCCAAGUUUAAACUGUACUAUAGAAAUUAUUUUUAUAUUAUUUUCAGGAUAUGCCACAGAGCAAUAUUUUGCACCCUUUAUUGUCACAGGGUUGUCCCCUAGAAGCGUAACUUGAGGUGGAAAAGGGCUCCACCGUGGGCUCUUGGGAUUUAAAUGCUUUUUGCUGUUUGUUCAUAUACCCUCUGAAAGCAGGAAUGUAUAAAUGUCUUUUUUUUUUUUUCAUUGAAAGGUCGACUUCCUUUUUUCUGUUCAUGGAUUUUGGUACUGCACCUUUUCUCUUAAACGAAUAAUUUAUAUUCACUAAGUUACUGUGGACUUUUUCUUACCUGUUCCCACCCUGUGACAUUGGAAUCAGUUACUUCGCAAAUUGAAUGUUGUUUUUUUUUCCAAAUAAUUUAUUAAUUCCAGUAGCUUACUGUCAAGAAUCGGGUGGCUUGAGGUAAAAGGACUCCCUGUGCUGCCCAGGUGCACACCUCAGGGUGUGGAAAUUCUCCUUUACAUGUCCACUGUGUCUCUGGAGAGGGGUCAUGGGGACAUAGAUACCCCCCACCCUUCAUGUCCACAAGCCUCUUUUGCAAAUUACUCUACUUUGCAAAAAUAAACUUAACCUAGCAAAAUAUAUUUCACAUUAGUUAAGAAAAAAAAGGCUGUACCUAUCAGUGGUUGAGAAAUAUGUGCAAGAAAAAAAAAAAAGACUUUGCCAAACCCGUGUGUGUAGUCCCAUUCUCUGUGAGUCCUUUCGUUUACUGGGAGAUCUGGAGUAAAAGCUGAAGGCAUUUACUGCAUGUUUGGGGUUUCUUUCUUCAUAACAUGAUUAUUCUUUUCCUCUUCUUGGUGUGGACUUUACAAAUUAAGUUCCUCCAGGAUUCUUUUCUUUCUCUUUUCUUCCAAUGCUUCUAAUAACAGGGAAGAAAACGUGUCUCCAUAGCUAAGUGAGCCCUGCCUUGUCUGGCAGACCUCACUGGCUCUGGCCUCUGCCCCCUCAGCCUGCUCUGGAUGAGGGUCUAGAGCUGCUGUCACCUGCAAAGACACUGAAUGAAAGGCCCAGAGAUGACGGGCACACCAGGUGCCAAGGAACAGGCAGCCCUUUCCAAAAAGCCUUAAAGUGGUGGCUGUCUGCAGACCUCCAGGCAACACCUCCCUGUUAACUCCUGACUCUCACCUCUUUUCUACUCCCAAUUUUCUGGCCCAUUUUACUGUGGCUGUCCAGGACAGUGACCGGGCACUCAGCUUGGAUCCCAUUGCCCAUGUCCACUGCGCCCUGGUGAGGCUGUUGGUCCAGAGUGCAUUUCUGCCAGUGCUGCCUCGCUGAUAUGGGGGAGGGUCUGGAGCAGCUCAUCCUGUAGCAUCCAGCAGCGAGACGGUCCAGCACACACGAAGACAGUGCCCACACUCAGCCCAGCAGACCCCGCUGCACUUCCAGCAAAACACUUGCUGUUUUGCAAGUCUUUCAUGACAGCUCUGGGGCCAUAAGCAGAAUGGUCUGUUAGCAGUUACACAGGGGGCUUCUUCCUAUGCCACCCCCAGCAGAGAAGAGCAAGGGCGAUGCCUUUCAGGGACCCCUCGGGAACAGCAGGUGUGUGCAAUCUGUGCUGUAUGAACUUUGCUCCACAGGGCUGAGCUGAA